ACUAACCUUGUCUACCUUCCCUAACGCGAAGUCGUCCAAUCUUUUUUGCACGGAUGGGCUAGCAAAUUGUUAAGAAAUUGUUCUACAAAUUCCUCAAAACCGGCUCUCGGCUAGUGUAAUUUGUGUAGUGAAAAUUGUUCAUAUCCUACUAGCGGUUAUUACGUUAAGCAUUACAGUUAGAUGCGGGAUUGGUUGUUGGUGUAGCAGUACACGGAAGGGAGGAGAAAAGUUCUUCGUUUCCAUCUUAGCGCGCCUCCGUCAAUCCUCAGGGCUGGGGUUACGUGUGUGUAGCAGUGUGCUAAGUGUGUGCAUCCCGUGAAAGAUACCGGGAAGGUUGGUUGGCAAGCGGAACAAUAUUGUGUUCCACCAUAGCAACUGUGGAGGGCUGCUAGUCGGUGUAAAUCCAAAUAAUAAUAAAUCGAUUGUUGACAAACUGAUCGCCCGAUAACUGUUCAGACAUUUUUCUGAAUUUAUCCGUAAACAUCGGCUGAAACAUUUGACUAGGAUUGCACGGCAAAAACAUUGGUACGGCAAGCUGCGUCCAACCCAAGUUUCAAGUUGUUUCAUCCACUUACUGUAUUCAGAGGAUACAAUUAACACUGGAUUUCGUAUAAGAAAGGGAAUCAGCAUAUCAGCAUCAUGUCUUUUCACCCCAGACCUCCGGGAACAACGAUUGUUUCCGCGGGUAUCCCGUAUAUUGCUCCACCAAUAGUACAGCAACCUAUGAUGCCAGCAAUGAAUCAGCCACCUCCAUCUAAUCGUGGCGGAAGCUUUCGUUCCGGAGCAACGAUUGGUUCCCGUCCACAGAUGUACAACAACAAACCACCUCCCCAACCAGAACCUGUGUACGAUGGUCCGAUAGUGACUGUGUUUGUGGGUAACAUUAGUGAAAAGGUGCCGGACCCAAUGAUAAAACAGAUUCUGGCUUCUUGCGGAACAGUGGUGAACUGGAAACGUGUAUCAACGUUUGGGUUUUGCGAAUAUGAUCCUGCCGGAGGUGCGAGAGCCGUACGCUUGGUGCAUGACCUAGAGGUGGGUGGUAAAAAGCUGGUAGCUAAGGUGGAUGCCAAGAAUAAAGCAUUGCUCGAUUCAUUCCGCGAGGAUGAAAAUAAUGCGGAAACAACGAACGAAGUAUCGGAAAAGCGGGGUGAUGAUGAUGCAAUGGAAGCUAUAGGUCGCAUAUUGGAAGACUUCAAGGAGGAACUGGCUGCGGCUGAGCAGCAACAAGAAGAAACACAAGCGAAACAGAAGAAAAUGCUGCAAACGGUAGACAUUGAAGAUGGCAAACGGGACAUAAUAAACAAGGAAAUUGGAAAAUUCCGCAAAUACACGGAGGAAGAAGAGCUGAAAAAGGAAAAGGAAAAGGAGCGCAAAAAGCGCGAAGAAAAGCGAGCAGAAGAGAAACAGCGUCGUUCAGUAUCGCCCCGGAAGGAUAAGAAAGCUUCAACCUCCUCUAGACGACGCAGUCGGUCUCGAUCGCGUGAUCGUGAACGGGAUCGUGAGCGUGAACGGGAACGAGAGCAGCGCGAACGGGACAAGGAACGGGAACGAGAGCGCGAACGUGAGCAACGUGAACGGGAGCGCGAACGUGAGCGUGAUUUGGAACGACAACGUGAACGAGAACGCGAACGUGAACGGGAACGGGAAAGAGAACGUGAACGGGAUCGCGAGCGGGAGGAUAUGAAGGUGAACCGUAAUCCGCGUGAUAUCCAGAAGGAGAAGGAAAUGGAGGAGGAAGCCCGAGAACGCAAGAAAGCCGAGAAGAAAGCCCGUGAUAAGGAGGCAGCAUACCAGGAACGGUUGCGGAACUGGGAAGCUCGUGAAAGGAGAAAAGCAAAAGAUUACGAAAAAGACCGGGAGAAGGACCGAUGCAAGGAGGAAGAACGCGAGAAAGAAGCAAAACGACUGAAAGAGUUUCUCGAGGACUACGACGACGAUCGCGAUGAUCCAAAAUAUUACAAGGGCCGAGAACUUCAACGAAGACUUGCUGAAAGAGUUCGCGAGGCUGACGCUGAUUCUAAGGAUCGUAACAAAGAGCAGGAAGAGUUGGAUGAAUUGAAGAACAAAAUAUUCAGCGGAGAAUACGAUAACCCUACGCUCGAGUUUGAGAAAGCCAAAAAAGAACGCGAAGAUCUGUAUAAACCGAAAAUACUUAUCGACGUGAAUCUGGAACAGUCGCAACAGCGAGAACGUGAGCUCGAGCGAGAACGGGUUCGGGAAAUAGAACGUCAGCGCGCUAAGGAACGGGAGCGCAUGAAUAAGGAACGUUACGUACUAGCGCAAGCUUCUAGGGAACUCGCUUCCGUCGAUGCGGAACCAAUCGAGUCCGACUCUAGCGGGCAGGACAAUUUUAAUUCACCAGCUGGAAGUGCACUGCAGGCAGCGAACAGCAGUGCGUCUAAUGGGCCAGGUUCGGGAUCUGCUAGCAUAAUGGAUGGAAUGGGCAAUAGCAAUCAUCACCAUCAUCACCACCAUCAUCCGCAUCACCAUCAUCAGCAUCACCACACGCACCACAAUGCGGCGGAGCAGCGUGUAGCCUCUGCUGGACAGCAUCCACCACAUGCUGGAUCCGAAACGCGUGAUUCCUUUGGCUUGAUGGGACAUGGUAGCGGUGGAUUGAACACAUCUGGUGGAAUCGGAGGAAUGCUUGAUGACGAUAGCUCUCGGCACUCGAUACGGUCCAACUCGCAACACGGAAUCCCCGAGAGUCCAGAGGCAAAUAGUAACAGCGAGAUGAACUCGAUAUCGGACAAAUCGUCACAUCAUCACCAUCAACAGCUACCGCCCCAACAGUCAGCAGUGGGCCCGACCAUUAGUUUGAAUUUGAACGUGAACGCGAAAAAGAAAAAGCUUGAAAUGAAGGACGUGUUUAACAGCCUUGAUGACGAUACGGAAGAAUCAAACGGUCCUAAAAAACGAAAGCUUGUUCCAUUAGAGUACGAAGAUGGUCGAGGUCAGAUGGACACACCCAUUGGAACAGCAAACAGCACACCUGCAGGGACCGCUCCUAAAUCAUCGAAAGGUAAAAAGGAUGAUGCUUCCAACCGGGAAACACAAAAGUCACAGGAAGAGAAACGUAAAAAUAUUAAGAGUAUUAUCGACAAGAUACCGACGGAGAAGAGUUCGCUCUUUAACUAUCCGCUCGACUGGAACGAGAUCGAUAGUACGAUCGAAAAGAAAAUUCGACCAUGGAUAAACAAAAAGAUCAUUGAGUACAUAGGGGAACCGGAGCCAACGCUGGUGGAUUUCAUCUGUUCAAAGGUGCUUGCUGGUAGCACUCCCCAGGGCAUUCUGGACGAUGUGCAGAUGGUUCUCGACGAGGAAGCUGAGGUUUUCGUUGUGAAAAUGUGGCGACUACUGAUCUAUGAAGUGGAAGCAAAAAAAGUUGGUCUGGCAAAGUAGGUACGAACAAACACAGAUGUCAGCCAUGACGAUAAGAAGCAAAACUGAGAAAGGAAUUUCACAACAUGGAAUGAUACGGACGGAUACAAAACUACGUGGCCGUACGAAAGGAGUUCAUACAUGUGCUCCCUACCUAAGACCGGUGAGUCAGUCGACAGCGGUCUUUGAAAUGAAUGCUGUAGCUGGUGACCUUGAUUAAGCUAUAACCGUUAACGCUAGGAAAUUGUUCAACAAUGGAAGAAGGAAUGUCUUGAGUGCGAACUAAUGAUCGCAUGUAAUAAACCUUUUUCCCGAUAUUUCCCACUGCAUCCAUUUUGUGGUAUAACGACAUGAUGUACAAUCCAAGAAUCUGUUGACAAUUUUUAAGUACAUCCCGUAAAGAAACACGACGGGUUAGUGUUUCCGCUAAGAAUGACAUUAUUCAAUGAUUUAAAACCAAGUAAGCAAAACAAAACCAGGAUGUAACAAGUUGGUGGCGCUCUACUACUAUUUGUUGCCUAUGUAAGGUGUUCUACGUUCAUUGAACUGUUUGACAGAACAACCGUUAGUGAGAUUGUAUUGCCAUUAGCUUUUGUUUAAUAUUAUAUUUUUCAUGAUUUGCUUUGUUAGCUGUAUUAUCGACACGAGAACGUGGCACAAGAUUAUUAAAAGGACGAAAAAGCGAGGGAUAAAUUUUGGUUUGGUUCUGCAUACAUAAUUUAGUACGAACCCAAUGCAUCGGUUCAGUAAAAGUGGGAAGAAUAGCAAUAGAUGUAUCAGAAAGCUCUUCAUCGAUAUAAUCAUUUUCGUUUUCCCGAAAACGCGUGUAUGUAAAAACCUAAAAACUCAUGAGAAAGUAACAGCACGGAAAGCUGCAAGCAGCUUCAGAACGAGAUUAUAAAAUCAUUUACCUUUUACGACUUGUCUACAACAUAGAUGCGAAAACAAUAGGGUUCACUAUGAUACGUACAGCGAAUGUGUAAGAAAAAUCAACAAUUACCAAACAUAGUGCAAGAAAGCCAUAUAAAUACACACUCAGCCGAAGGCAUCUAUUGAUAUGUCUGCAAAA